UCUCAGUUUGCACGUGGUGAUGAUGAUGCAAGGUUGAUAAAGCGACUUUUCUAGUACGGAGAAAUUUUCAACAACUUGCGAAUUAAUUUGUUUAGUACGACGAAAUAGUAAAAAAUACACACUUUGUUGGGCUCAAUUGACUAUAACAGAUCACCGAUCAUGACGCGGAGGCGUGCCAUAAUGGAUGGUCAUGUGGUCCUCGUGUUCUUCACGCUGUCCAUUCUGCGGCACACAGCCAGUGCAAUUGUCGGAACACAAACAAUUGACGACCCGUUGCUUACCGCUCUGAUGGAAAAUCUCCCAUCUAGUGCUCAAAUCAAACCAAAGAAGCUUUUUCGUCUUCUUGGUAACAAUUUUGAUCCAGAAUGGAUGAGUAUCGAGGAUCCAGGCCAGAAAGUAGGUCAUUUGCAAACGGGAACAGAUCAUUUUGGCAUGUCAAGUGAACGAGUGACUGACAUACUUAAAUAUCUAUAUCAUUUUAAUAUCGAUAAAAACAACGGCACUGCAAAUAGUAUAGCGUCAUUUUUACGUGACCUAUCGACAUGCACUGUGAAAUAUACGUGGGAAGAUUUAGGACAUUUGGUUUGGCCUCGUUUUGUAAAAGAGGGAUAUUGCGAAGAAAGUAAACCUUGUUCUUGGCCCCCAGGAAUGACGUGCAAAAGGGGAAGUGUGGUUACAUUAAAAAUACUCAGAUGGAUUUGUACACGACACAAAGGAACUAUUGACAGACGUGCUAAAAGUAACGCUAACCGAACUGGUGACAGAAAAGGGCCAGAUGUGACAUCAGUAAAGUUAAGUAAUUCUCUUAAAUGUAAAUGGAGGAAAAUUCCGCACGAAGUAACCACGAGUUGUGAGUGUCAAUGCUAACCCGCAAUCCUGCACUAUGUGAUUUUACAGACACUCCAUUUCACUAUGCUCCAGCACUUCAAGAUUUGUCUUCCUUAAUGUGAUGGGUUGCUUACAAAGUAUGAUUUGUUGUUUUAUUGUUAUAAUGUUUGUUAUGUUUCUUCAUUUUUUAUUUAGCAAUAACAAAAAUCAAGGUUUGUUAAACAGAUUUUCGUUGAGCUUGACAAAAGAUCAAUUGACGAAAUGUACAUUGUAUUUAAAUAAUAAAUUAGUUUUUAUGUUUUAAGUUUGUACUAUACAAACAAUGCGAUACUCGUCAAUUUACAUUUUUUAUUUCCGAAUGCAGCAUAUGCCUAAGUAAUUAUUUCAAUCUUCAAUCAAUUAGCAAAUAGUUAAGAAUAUGAAAAGUCAUUAUAUUUCUAUCAAAAGAAGAAAAAAUACGUGGCUUCAAAAACCUCUAUCUAUCUAGCUAAUACAGUUAGUUAACGGGACCUCUUCACAGGUUUUGGCAUGUAUUUUAGUUUGUCAUUCAAUACUUUAUAUUGAUAAAUGUAUACAUUUGAUCUAAAAUUAAAAAAGGUCCAGUAAAGAAAAACAAGAAUAAAAUUAAAGAAAGAAAAAAGUAACCCUCAACUGGGCUCGAACCACUGACCCCUGGAGUAAAAGUCAAACGCUUAAACCACUCGGCCAUCCGUGCUCAUAAAUAUAUAACGACAACAACAGAGCUCUCCAAAUUAUGCAAUCGUUUGCGUUGCAACGCUUUAUGAUUUUCAUGUUUUUAACCGUCAAAAGAUGCAUAUAAUGGAUAUUUUAGAGCAUGGUAAAUGUGCAGUAUUACUGUUCCCUCACACAAAUCAUAACUAAAACAAAAAUUUGCGAAUCUGAAACAUUUUUGUUUUAAUUUUUUCAAUUUACCAAAACGUGAAAAGGUUUGAAAUAAAGAAGUUUUCAAGAACUAAGCAUGCAGUUUGUAUUUUCUCGUAUAAACUUAAAG